AUGGCGCGAAAGUCCAAAUCCCUCGCCCCCUCCAAAAGGUCAGGAGGAAAGAUAAAGGACCCUCUUAACCGUGUUACAAAGCCCGCUAAAUCGAAUCCGAGGCGGAAUACUGCCCCCGAACAACCCGUGGCGGUUGAAUACGGGCAGCCUGAUGGUCUAACUGGAGAAAAGCUUUUUGCAGAUCUCAAAAAGUCCUAUGCUGAAACUGUUCCUGUUCCUCCGCCAGUUCGGGUUGAGCGGCAAGAGAGAUGGCAGUAUAAGGGAUCGAAUCCUAUCACGAAUCCAGAUCAAGCGCCAGCAGGAUGGAAUGAUGAAGAGCCUGAUCUUCAUCCCGAAGAUUGGGAUGCACAAAUUGCCAGAUGCAAGGAGCGGAUCGAAGAUGGCAUCAUGCCUGCGGUAUUUGAAUGGAAGCUCCAGGCAUUUCUAAAAGAAAAAGCAAACCAAGAUGCGAUGAUGGCUGCAGAACCUCUUGUGAAGGACUGGAGCGUCGUCCAACGAUUGACAACCCUCAAAGGAAUGCUCGCCUGGCUCAAAGAUGGGAAUGACAAGUAUAACUUGGCUCCGAACGUAGUAGCCCUGAUAGAAGCAUACAGAUCAGGAAGCCUGAAGUGGCAUGAUGGGCUUGUUAGCUACUUCUCUAAUGGAAAGAGAAUUUCUCAGCCACGGCGAUUCAUCUAUGAGGAAUUCGAAGAAAUUGCUGCCAAGUACAACGGACAAAGUGGCUUCUGGGUAGAGGGUUUAUUUGGUGUUAAGCCCCGAAAUUUGGCUCUAAAUCAUAUGCAGACCGAUCCCCAUGACCGCAGCAUGGGUCGCUUUUAUUACCCAAUGAAACUCUGUCUCCGGCUCACUGGGUCUCCAGCAGUUUGGCAUGAGUUCAAGUUUAUUGAUGAUACUGGGGCUGAUACAACGGUUAUACCAGAGUCCGACGUGAACUUGCUUCUGAGUAUGGGUGCAGCACCCCCAAUGAUAGUGUCGCUUGCCGCGAGUAUCCUGGCCGAUGGCAGAAGUUGUUACCAGACGGUGAUAGCCAUGGAGGUGAACCUAUACACGCAAGUCCCGGUGCUAAAUGCCGCCGGCGUUCCUGUGACGGGCGUAGAUGGCACAAUUCUCUUCCAGAGAGGGACGGAGAUGAUGAACUGGACUUCAGUUCUGGUUUCGGUGAUACCAGUGAACCAAGCACAGCCUCCCAGCUUACAACUUCGACUCAAUGGUCCAUUUUUAAGACAUAGGCUGUAUACAGCUACAGCUCCGGAUGGCGUUCUCUCAUUACACAUGUUUGAUGGCAAGGGCAAAUUCAAUGAGCGUGUUCCAAAAGCUAAUGGGAGACGAACACUGUCUACGAAGUAG